ACAAGACAAGAACAUUCAUUUGGAAAUUAAAAAGAAUAAUCUAUUCGACUUAGAGAUGAGAGAUAUUUUGUUACACCAUAGAGAAUUAUUUUGUUCUUGCAUCCAAGACAAUUAAUUUAUAUGAGACAUCAGAACAAUCAUUUACGAAUUCCUAAGGGUUGAUUCAUUUUUUUUUUUUUUACCCUUUUUUUAAUUUCACUAUUUAUUUUAUUUUAUCUGGUCCGAUCAUUGAUUUGGUAAAAAAAAAAUAAGUAAUAAAAAGAAAUUAAUGUAAUGGUUUGAACCGCGUAUCGACGGUCAAUCCCCGUUAGAAGGUUCCCUCGGAACAAUCAUUAUUUUUUUUAGGGUAUCUCGUCUCUUUGCAAAAAACAAAGAGGGAAUGUGGGGGAAAGUGAAAAGAAGAUAUUGGAACAUCAAUUUGCCGGAGAUGAUGGAAGCAGGAGUUCAUUUUGGUCAUGGUACUAAGAAAUGGAAUCCUAGAAUGGCCCCUUACAUCUCCGCAAAACGUAAAGGAAUUCAUAUUACAAAUCUUACUAUAACUGCUCGUUUUUUAUCAGAAGCCUGUGAUUUAGUUUUUGAUGCAGCAAGUAGAGGAAAAAGCUUUUUAAUCGUUGGUACCAAAAAUAAAGCAGCGGAUUCAGUAGCAUCGGCCGCAAUAAAGGCUCGGUGUCAUUAUGUUAAUAAAAAAUGGCUUGGUGGUAUGUUAACGAAUUGGUCCACUACGGAAACGAGACUUCAUAAGUUCAGGGACUUAAGAGCAGAACAAAACAUGGGGAAACUGAACCGUCUCCCCAAAAGAGAUGCAGCGAUGUUGAAGAGAAAAUUAUCUGCCCUGCAAUCAUAUCUGGGUGGGAUCAAAUAUAUGAUCGGUUUGCCCAAAAUUGUAACCAUCGUUGAUCAAGCAAAAAAUAUAUAUAUGGCUUUUCAAGAAUGUGCCAUUUUUGGGAGUUUGACAAUUUGUUUAAUCGAUAUAAAUGGUAACCCAGAUCUUAUAGAUAUUUCUAUUCUAGCCAACAAGCUUCAAGCCAAUUGA